AUGCGGCCGGGGGGCGCGCCGCUCGCUCUGCUCGCCAGCCUGCUGCUGCUGCUGCUGCUGCGCCUGCUCUGGUGCCCGGCCGACGCUCCUGCCAGCUCCAGGCUGUUGAUGGAGGAGAGCAGGGAGGCCACCCACGGCACCUUCGCGGCGCUGCGCACCCUCAGGAACCGGGCAAUCCCCGUGCCGAGCACGACCAACAGCACAGAUCUGAAAGAGGAGUCCCUGCAGCUGUCAGAGAAAUGCACAAAGCUGCAGUAUGGCUUUAAGGCUUUACCGAACCAAACAAAAGGGUAUUCAGAGGAUGACUACCUCCGGAUUAUUACAAAUAUACAGAGCUGCCCAUGGAAGAGACAAGCAGAAGAAUAUGAGAAUUUUAGAGCAAAACUUGCUUCCUGUUGUGAUGCCAUUCAAAACUUUGUUGUUUCUCAGAAUAACACUCCAGUUGGGACUAACAUGACUUAUGAAGUGGAAAGUAAAAAGGAAAUUCCCAUUAGACAGAACAUUUUCCAUAUGUUUCCGGAGUCCCAGCCUUUUGUGGAGUACCCUUACAAUCAGUGUGCCGUGGUUGGAAAUGGGGGCAUUCUGAACAGGUCUCACUGCGGAGCUGAAAUUGAUAAAUCCGACUUUGUUUUUAGGUGUAAUCUCCCUCCAACCACAGGAAAUGUUAGUAAAGAUGUUGGCAGUAAAACAAACCUUGUGACUGUGAAUCCCAGUAUCAUAACGCUAAAAUAUGGGAACUUAAAGGAAAAAAAAGCAGUAUUUCUGGAAGACAUUGCAACCUAUGGAGAUGCAUUCCUCCUUCUGCCUGCGUUUUCCUUCAGGGCCAACACUGGCACGUCCUUUAAAGUGUAUUUCACACUCAAAGAGUCUAAGGCAAGACAGAAGGUUCUGUUUUUCCAUCCCAAGUACCUGAAGCACCUUGCUGUUUUCUGGAGAACUAAAGGUGUGACUGCGUACCGCCUGUCCACUGGCUUGAUGAUCACCAGCGUGGCGGUGGAGCUGUGUGAGAACGUGAAGCUGUAUGGAUUCUGGCCCUUCUCCAGAACCGUGGAAGACACGCCUGUCAGCCACCACUACUAUGACAACAAGUUGCCCAAACGUGGUUUCCAUCAGAUGCCCAAAGAAUACAGCCAGAUCCUCCAGCUUCACGUGAAAGGAAUCCUCAAACUGCAAUUUAGCAAAUGUGAAGUAGCCUAA